AGAAUUGACUGAAUAUGAGGAUUGAUAUGAAAUAGGAAAAAUGCUUUACUGAUAAUAUUAUCAAUUAUCCAGACUUGAGACAUAAUGUUAGUGAAGGCUCAAAAUGAAGUUGAAUUGAAGGAAGAUCUUAUAGGCAUAAAAAAAAAUGAAAAUGCUGACUUCGAAACGGCAAUCUCAGCAACAGGUUUCGGAAAAUUCAAUGUUUUCCUUCUCUUUGCAACUCUUCCAACAUGCUGGGCCUCCAUAUUUCAGCUGACGACUAUUUCCUAUGUUUUUCCUAAUGCACAGUGCGAUUUGAGUUUGAGCUUGGAGGACAAAGGCUUGUUGAGUGCUGUAACAUUUGCCGGAAUGAUGUUCAGUGCCUUCUUGUGGGGAUUCAUGUACGACACAUAUGGAAGAAGAAACCUCCUGAAGAUUGGUUUUUUCCUGGACGCAUUGCUGGUGAUACUCAGCAGUUUUUCCCAAAAUAUUGGACACCUCAUGGUGACCAAAUUUCUUGGAGGGUUCAUUAUAAGUGGUCCAUUUGCAGCCCUUGCAACAUAUUUUUCUGAGAUGCACGACACUAAGAAUAGACCAAGGGUUCCCUUGGUGAUGGGUGUCUCUUAUGCGCUUGGUGGUAUUUAUCUGCCUUUUUUAGCAUCCCUUAUUUUACCAAUGGAAAACCGCUGGUAUGUCACAGAAAACAUAGUGCUUCACCCAUGGGGUAUAUUCCUUUUGAUAAAUUCAAUACCUUCGAUUCUUAGUGGGUCAAUUUUUUGUUUCCUCCCCGAAUCUCCCAAAUUCCUGAUGUCAAUGGGAAGAAACGAAGAGGCUAUCGAAGUGUUCAAGAAUAUUUAUUCUUGGAAUACUGGUAGAAAAACAUCAUCGUACCCAAUUAAAGACCUCAUAAUGGAGAGGACUAAAAAUUCAGAAAAUACCAACAGGUUUCGACAAAUACUUCCUCUGUUCAAGGGUAAAUUACUUAAGAGUUUCAUAUUAGUUUGUUUCCUUCAGAUGUUCAUGACAACAAGUUUUUACACGUUAAGGAUAUGGAUGCCUCAACUGUUCCAAGCCAUAAACGAUUAUAAAUUUUUCAAUAAUGGUACAUCGUCCAAUCUCUGCGACAUGUUGAGAGUUCUAAACCGUGGAAAAACGACAAAGGAUUGUUUUGUGAAUUUCGAUAAUUUUGAAGUUUAUAUGAACUCAAUGAUUGUUUCUCUGGUGACAAUGAUUGGUUAUUUGAUAGCUGGGAGUUUGGUCAACUUGCUUGGACAAAAUAAAUUGUUAGGUAUCAUCAGUUUCAUAUCUGGCUGUUCAGCGUUGGGAAUUUACUUUUCGCCGAAUGAAACUGCAGCUACAAUCUUCAUUGCAGCUUGUUCAAGCUCAGCCAGUAUAGGAGUGAAUGCUUGUAUAGUAGUGAUUGUAAAUCUGUUUCCCACUACACUUAGGACUAUUACUCUUUCUUUGACCAUGAUAUUUGGUCGUAUAGCUGUCAUGAUGGGUAACAUCAUUUUUCCAUUUCUGCUAGAGAUAGGAUGCUUCUCGCCUUUCUUAGCCUUGGCAUUUUUGGGAUUUGCUUGUUCCACGGCCUGCAUGCUUUUGCCGAAGAAAAAUGUAAAUUUCACGUAAAUAAGAAGUGCUCGUUUUGUAAUUUUAUGCUGUGUACAUAGGGGAAAUUGAAAAUUUUAGUUUCAAUAAGGUUAACGUCUUUUACGAUGAUUAUCAAAUUAUAUCACUAUAAGUACCCAUAUUAUAAAAUCACUUGGGAAAUUGAUCUUCAGUGUAACAGAUUGAGAGAAGUGUGAUAACAUCGGAAUUGUAGAAAAAAUAUGUAAAUUUAAAGGGGCGUUCCUGAGUAUGUUUAUAGGUGAGUAUCUACCAGGAUUUUAACAAGAAACGUGACUUCGUCAGAAUCCCAUCCUUGAAGAAUGCUGUCUGAUUAGUGAUAUUAAGUUGUUUUGGAAACCGCUUCAAAAGUUGACUUCAGUGUGUGCAACAAACAACAAACCUAGUUCCUACUUCUGUUAUAAUGAUCCGGAUGAUCUUAGUGACUGAAAUACACAAUUGGAAUAUUGGUGUUAAGUUUUAGUUUCUGAACAAUUCACCUAUGUAUGUAAUUCUGCUAAUAUUUCUACAUUGUAUGAGAUGUUAUCCGGAAAUUUCACUUAAAAUUGCAAUAGAGAGCUCGCAUUCAAUUCAUUCGAUAAAGAUCAUUUAGUUAUUAGUUCAAAUACGGAUUUUCAUCAAGUAUCGGCCACGUAAAUUCAAUGCAGCUAACACGUCCAUACACACAACAAAACAUUUUCGAUUUCAACAUGAAGGAAUGUAUCGUCAAAGAUUCAAAUGUAAAUAAAUUCAAACCAAAAACGAUUCCAAAGCAAAACAACCUAUCUAACCUACUUAUCUCGCUUAUAAAUUUCGCCACCAGAUGGCUUGAUCACGGAAAUGGAAUACAUCAUUCAAAUAGCAAUAAUUGAAAUUUGAAAAAAUCCUGAAUAUUUUCACUUCUCAGCUGUGAAUGUAAUGAUACCUAUAGCAAGAAAGAAUUUCAAUGGAAAUAUAAAUACAUACAAUGAUGAUAACCAG